GGCCGGGCCACAAUGCUCAUGAGGAAAGUGCCCGGCUUCGUCCCGGCCUCCCCGUGGGGGCUGCGGCUGCCGCAGAAGUUCCUCUUCCUCCUCUUCCUCUCGGGCCUGGUUACCCUUUGCUUCGGGGCCCUCUUCCUGCUGCCCCACUCCUCUCGCCUCAAGCGCCUCUUCCUGGCCCCCCGGACCCAGCAGCCUGGCCUGGAAGUAGUGGCUGAAAUCGCCGGCCAUGCCCCGGCCCGCGAGCAGGAGCCGCCUCCCAACCCGGCCCCCGCCGCGCCGGCCCCGGGCGAGGAUGACCCCAGCAGCCGGGCCAGUCCCCGCCGCAGGAAAGGGGGGCUGCGGCGCACCCGCCCCACUGGACCCCGCGAGGAGGCCACGGCGGCCCGGGGCAAUAGCAUCCUGGCCUCCAGGCCCGGGGACGAGGGCGUACCUUUCCGCUUUGACUUCAACGCAUUCCGGAGCCGCCUCCGCCACCCGGUCCUGGGAACGAGGGCCGAUGAGAGUCAGGAGCCCCAGAGCCGAGUGCGAGCCCAGCGGGAGAAAAUCAAGGAGAUGAUGCAGUUUGCUUGGCAGAGCUAUAAGCGUUAUGCAAUGGGGAAAAAUGAACUCCGUCCACUAACAAAAGAUGGCUACGAGGGUAACAUGUUCGGAGCCAACCCCUCAGGAGAAGACGGAGUGGCUGGGAGAGCAGAUCUGUGCGUGAUGCCCCUGGUGAUGAAGCCUGGGGAAAACCAGAGAGGACAAGGGGACAGAGGCCUCAGCGGGGCAACGGUCAUUGACUCCCUCGACACCCUCUACCUCAUGGACCUGAAGGAGGAGUUCCAGAAGGCCAAGGCCUGGGUGGAAGAGAGCUUCCAUCUGAACGUGAGUGGAGAAGCAUCCUUGUUUGAGGUGAACAUCCGCUACAUCGGGGGACUCCUCUCAGCCUUCUACCUGACAGGAGAAGAGGUGUUCCGAAUAAAGGCCAUCAGGCUGGGAGAGAAGCUCCUGCCAGCGUUCAACACCCCCACGGGAAUCCCAAAGGGCGUGGUGAGCUUCAAAAGUGGGAGCUGGGGCUGGGCCACGGCCGGCAGCAGCAGCAUCUUGGCAGAGUUCGGAUCCCUGCACUUGGAAUUCUUACACCUCACUGAGCUCUCUGGCAACCAGGUCUUCGCUGAAAAGGUCAGGAACAUCCGCAAGGUCCUCAGGAAGAUCGAAAAGCCCUUUGGCCUCUACCCCAACUUCCUCAGCCCAGUGAGUGGGAACUGGGUGCAACACCAUGUCUCGGUUGGAGGACUCGGGGACAGUUUUUAUGAAUAUUUGAUCAAAUCCUGGUUGAUGUCGGGCAAGACAGAUAUGGAGGCUAAAAAUAUGUACUACGAAGCCUUGGAGGCGAUAGAGACCUACUUGCUGAAUGUCUCUCCUGGGGGGCUGACCUACAUUGCCGAGUGGCGAGGGGGGAUUCUGGACCACAAGAUGGGGCACCUGGCCUGUUUCUCCGGGGGCAUGAUCGCCCUUGGCGCCGAGGAUGCCAAGGAAGAAAAGAGGGCCCACUACCGAGAGCUCGCAGCCCAGAUCACCAAGACGUGUCACGAGUCAUACGCCCGCUCAGACACCAAACUCGGGCCCGAGGCCUUCUGGUUUAACUCCGGCAGAGAGGCUGUGGCCACCCAGCUGAGCGAGAGCUACUACAUCCUCCGGCCAGAGGUGGUGGAGAGCUACAUGUACCUGUGGCGACAGACCCACAACCCCAUCUACAGGGAGUGGGGCUGGGAGGUGGUGCUGGCCUUGGAGAAAUACUGUCGGACAGAAGCCGGUUUCUCCGGGAUCCAAGAUGUGUACAGUAGCACCCCCAACCAUGACAACAAGCAGCAGAGCUUCUUUCUAGCGGAGACACUAAAGUAUCUCUAUCUUCUGUUCUCUGAAGAUGACUUGCUCUCCCUGGAAGACUGGGUGUUCAACACUGAGGCCCACCCGCUCCCGGUGAACCACUCAGACAGCUCCGGCAGGAGCUGGGGCAGACACUGACCCCAUCUCCAGCCCACCGCCCUGGGGCCGCCGCAGGGAUGCCUUGCCUUUUCAGGAUUUGGGACUGUUCUCAAAGGGAUUGGGAACGAAGGCCCCAUCUGGGGCAGAUGCCCAGCAGAUGUGUCAGACAAGCAACUUCUUUUCCUCUGUGAGGAGACAAGACUUGGAGACGCAGCGAUGUCAGGCCAGAGCCGUGGCCACGCUGGCCCACACAUUCCUUUCUACAGAGAAUUUCUAUGAAGCCCACUCACUCGCCAUUCCAGGGCCAAAGGACCGGAGGUUUGCAUAUCCGCCCCUUGUAUUUGAUUUGCUUCCUUUUGGUUUCUCAGUUUUUGUUUUUGCUUGGUUUUGUCUUUUCUCUACAGUUUAGUUUUGUCACAAUUGUACACAUAAUUUUCAAAAUCAUGCACUUUCUAAAAUUGUGUCAUCCUGAUAAAACUCUGUGUUUGCACACACACAAAAUCUUGACCCCGUUAUCUAUAUUUUAAAUGCUUUUUGCCCAACACUGACCCUAUGUUCAACUAUGUGUCAUUUACCUUAUAAUUUGAGGAGGGGUUUCCCUUUGAUUGGGCCUCAGUGUUACAAAUCACUAGUGCUAUUUUCAUUAUUAUUGUAAUGGAAAAAUCUGUAAACUAGAAUAAAAGAGUUUAUUGAAUAAGAAAUAUGAUUGGGCUCAUUGCACAUCAGUGACUCCUAGAAAAACCAUUGCAAUGUUACCAUCAGAAAGAAUAAUCGGCCAGCAGUUGAUUUAAGGUAUAAUUUAGUAAACAAUUCCAACUUCUAUUACCUCCCCUGAAAUCGGUCCUGAUAUAUUCAAGAAGCGUGAGGCCAGCCCUUCAGAUGGAGUUGUUUAUUUAUACUCAGGUUGAGAUUGGGAAGAAGUCCAGGGAGGAGCAGCAACUUGCCUGAGGUCACACAGCCCGAAAAAGGCAGAGGAGAGUCUCGCCCCUGCCGUCUCCUGGCCACCCCAGUUGAGUGUCCGUCUGUUCCAUCAUUCAGCAGAUGCUUGGUAAGUGCCUGCAAUGGACCAGAUGCUGGGCUAGAGGCCAGGGACACCGCUGGGAGUGAGACAGCCAUAAGCCCUGCAGUCAAGGGAUCAAGAGGGGAGAAAGCGAUGGUAAGGGAAACUGACAAGUGAAGUGACUGCAGGUCAUAGGAAAUGCUACAAAGGAGAUAGACAGACAGCUGAGGACCUACCCUAUGGGGUCAGGGAGGGCCUCUCUGGGCAGGUGACCUUCGAGCCAAGACCCAGAAGAUAAAAAGGAGCAGCCGAAAGACUAUCUGGCAGAAGAACAAACCUCCCAUAACCCAGCCCCCUUUCCCACCCUCCCCGAUGCCCUCCCUGGGAGGGGGCCUGAAACACUGGGGCUGUUGUACAGAGCAAGGAGUUCAGGUCCUAACACUGAAGUGACAGCUCUUCCUCCUCUGACAGUUUUUUUUUUUUUUUUUUUUUUUGAGACUCAGAGUCUUGUUCAGUCGCCCAGGCUGCAGUGCAGUGGUGCGAUCUUGGCUCACUGCAACCUCCACCUCCUGGGUUCAAGCAGUUCUCCUGCCUCAGCUUCCCCAGUAGCAGGGUGCGUCACCACACCCGGCUAGUUUUUUGUAUUUUUAGUAGAGAUGAGGUUUUGCCAUGUUGCCUAGCCUGGUCUUGAACUCCUGAGCUCAGGUGAUCCGCACACCCAGCCCUUUCCUGGCACAUUUGCAGCUUGUCAACACAGCGGAAGUCACAGGAGAAUGGUGAGCCCUUCCCUGGGCUCAGCUGCCUGCGCUGUUCAUAAGCUUUAGUAGCCCCUGGGGCUCUGGGCCAGGUGACCCCGCUUUAAAUCCCUGCUGUAUGAACUUAGGCAGGUACCUCCCCUCUCUGGGCUCUUCUUUUCCAUCAAGCAGACAAAAUCUCAACCCCACAAGGUUGCUGUGAGAAGAAGUGGGAAGCUGCUGGUUCCCUGGGCACAGGAAGUGCUUGUUCCUUGUUCUGGAGACUCAAGACAUUCCCAGAAUCUUCUUAAGCAGAGCUGCUGGGGGGUAGCCCCUGUAGUAAGUCACCAUGCUCUGGACAGGCAACAUGAGAGCGUGACUCCCAUGACCCACCUGUGCUCAAAAAAAAAAAAAAAAGCAAACCAGGAAAACUGACUACACAAACAUUGUAGAAAGAUUAGAAAAUAGAAGCAGAAAGAAGAUUCAUUGGCCAUCCCACUCUCUGGGGUGAAUACUGUUAUAUUUUCUUCUAGGCCUUUUUCUAUGAAUAUAUAGAAUAUAUAUUUUGCCACCGUGGUAUCCUACUAUGCACACUGUUUUCUUAUAAUCUGCUUUUGCACUUAACUGUAUAUUGUGAACCUCUUUCCAUGUCAACAAAUAUAUGUUUAUCUCAUCGCUGUA